AUGGCGACUUCUCAGCCAUCAGGUGGCAGUCCUCCUAAACCAUGGGAACAAGAAGGAAAUACAUCUGGUCCUAAGCCUUUCAGGCCUCCUUCGAAUACGAGCACGGCUGAUUCAGUUGAGGCUUCUGGCACAGCGAAUCCUGGCGAGCUAGUUUCGAGCGCGAACAGGACUAACCCAGCUGCUAAUAUGAAUGCACUCAGUAGGCCUGUACCAUCUAGACCUUGGGAGCAGCAGCAGAACUAUGGAAGCACUUACGGAGGAGGUUAUGGUUCUAAUCUUGGUGUAAACUCUGGGUACGGGUCGGGUACAUAUGGUUCAGCAUUAGGUGGGUAUGGUUCAUCAUCAUAUGGGGGUGGAAUGUAUGGUGGUGGUAGUAGCAUGUACAAUAGAGGAGGCUAUGGUGGUGGUGGUCUCUAUGGAAGUUCAGGCAUGUAUGGUGGUGGUGGGAUGUACAAUAGCGGUCUUGGUGGCUCGAUGGGUGGUUAUGGUAUGGGCAUGGGAGCAGGAAUGGGAAUGGGAAUGGGGAUGGGAAUGAGUCCUUAUGGUGGUCAAGAUCCAAACGACCCUUUUAAUCAACCUCCAUCUCCACCAGGCUUCUGGAUAUCAUUUCUCCGCGUGAUGCAAGGUGCUGUGAAUUUCUUUGGCCGUGUAGCGAUGCUUAUAGACCAAAACACACAGGCCUUUCAUAUGUUCAUGUCUGCCCUUCUUCAGCUAUUUGAUCGUGGUGGUAUGUUAUAUGGAGAGUUAGCAAGAUUUGUAUUGCGUAUGCUUGGGGUGAGAACAAAACCUAGAAAGAUGCAGCAGCAGCCACAAGGUCCUAAUGGACUCCCUUUACCCCACCAGCCUCACGGAAACCAGAACUACAUCGAGGGACCUAAACCUGCUGCACCAGGUUGGGACAAUGUAUGGGGCAACUAA